AUGUCAGAACGCAAAGUCCUCACGAAAUACUACCCCCCAGACUUCGACCCCUCCCUCGUAGGCCGCGCCCGCAAGCCCAAAGGCGCGGCCGCGGCGGGGCCCAAAGUCCAGACCGUCCGCCUCAUGGCGCCCUUCUCGCUGCGCUGCGUCUCCUGCGGCGAGUACAUGUACCGCGGGCGCAAGUUCAACGCGCGCAAGGAGACGCCCCAGGGCGAGAAGUACUUGGGCAUUCAGCUCUACAGGUUCUACAUACGCUGCACGCGGUGCUCCGCCGAGAUUGUGUUUCGAACGGAUCCCAAAAACCAGGAUUACGUGGUGGAGAAGGGGGCGAAGAGGAACACGGACCCGUGGAAGAGGGGGUUGGAGAAUGGUGUGGAGGAAGGCGAGACGGAUGAGCAGCGGCUGGAUCGGUUGGAGAGGGAGAUGGCGGAGGCCGAGGGCGAGGAGGAGCGGAAUGCGAUGGCCGAGUUGGAGGCCAAGACGGAGGAUGCCAAGAGGGAGAUGGCGGUUGCGGAUGCGUUGGAUGAGAUACGGAGCCGGAAUGCCAGGUUGGAGAUGGCGCGGAAAGAAGGGGGGGAUCUGCUGGGGGCUGGGCUUGCGGUGGUCAGUCCUGAAGAGGAGGAGAGGAGGAGACAGGAGGAGGAGGAUGCCGAAGCGGCGAGGAAGGCGUUUGCGUUUUCAAGGAGGCAGGACAUGCUGGAGGAGGUGGUGGAGGAGGAUGAGGAGGGUGAGAGGGCUGUGAUAGCGUUGAAUGGCGAUGGCAUCGGUUCCGAGUCCGGGCCAAAAUCUGCGCCAGCGUCCAAUUCUGAUUCAAAACCCUCCCCAGCUGCGAGUACUCCGGAUAUAGUACCACCCCCGAGUUUCAAGCGACAGGUCAAGAAGAAAAAGGACCAUGCGGCGCUGCUUGGCAUCAAGAAGAAACAACCGCUGGUGUAA